AUGCCUGAAGAAGGUCCUUUUGUCUCCAAAGAACUUAAGCCUUUCCAGAAGUUGGCUUCCCUCACCUCCAGUCACGUUAAGUGGUAUAUCCGAGAUUGGGAAACCGAGAAUGUGAUUGUCAGCAUUGGAGACUUCCCUAAUGUGCCGUUAAUAGGAACCAAGGGUUGCAUUAACUAUAACCCCAUGUUAUCUCUGAGGCAGCAUGGGUACCCUAUGAAUGGCCCUCCAAAAGUUGAAUCUCUAGAGCCUUUCAUCCUACAUGGUGUUGAAAUGGAUCAUCCCAUGGUGAAAAAGAUCAAGAGGUCUUGGCAAGCAGUUAUCAGAAAAGGUAAGGAGUUGGGUAGGAGAAAUGUCAUUGCCCAAGAGCCUUACACUUGUUGGAUUAGAGAGAGGGUUCAGAUGAUUAAACUCCCGUAUCCAUUUGAUCCUUCUAUCUAUCCUGUGAUUCCUGAGCCAGAGCCCAUAUUACCUGAAGAUGUGGAGAAGCUCAACAACCGUAUCAAGGAGUUGGAAUUGGAAAAUGCUGAUUUGAGAAUUAGGCUUGGCCGAGUUUCGGUGGAGAAUGGGAACUUGAAAGACGAUCAACAAAAGAAGGACAAAGAGCUUGAAGUCUCCAACAAAAGAGCUAGAGAGUCUGAAGCCAGGAGAGAAAAGUUUGGACAAGCGCUCUUUAGCACUAAAUCUGUGUUCAAAUCAAAGGAAGAGGAGUUGGAUAGAGCUUUACUCCGGAUUCAAAAGCUCAACAAGACUUUGGAGCUGACCCUUGAGAUGAAAAGGGAAGCACGGUUGAUUUCUGAGAUUCGUACUCGUGAAUUGGAGAAUACAAUUCAGAAGUACAAGGAUGCUCUGGAACGUGAGAAGCUGAAGACCGAAGAGUCAGAGAGAGUGUGCACACGAUUGAAACAUCAUUUGGAUCGAGCCGACGCUAGAAUCCAGGCACUUGAAGGUGGGGAUCAAGAUGCUGCCUAUAGGGUGUUACUGAAUGAAUGCAGAUAUUGGAGGAACCUCUAUAGGGACAUAGAGGCGACUAAGGCUGAAGAUGUGCGCAUUAUCCAAGAUCUCCAAGGGCUCUACACUGAGUGGAAGGGCAAAUUUUUGAAGCUGUCCGGAUUUGCGAGUUCCAUCAUGCGUGAGCUACCUGAGAAGCUGCAAGAAGCUGAUUGGUGCAUGUGUCCAGAGAACACACCGCAUCAAGUCUAUAAUUUCAUUAAGUUUUGUCCAACGAUUGAACCCCAACCUGCGCGGGCGGUACCAACAACCUGGCCCACCUAUGGUUUACCUCCUGGUUUCACUCCUGCAGUUGAAGGUGCCCCUGGUUUUGCACCAUCUGCUCAGCAGACAGCUCCUUUACCGACCAUCAAUGAAAACCAUCCGGUGGUUCACACGUUCGCACCUCCUCUCGUUCGUGCACACGUGCAACCCUACUUUGAGGACCAACAACACGCCCCAGACUUUUCAGAUGAAGAUGAGGAAAGGCAGGAGGACCUAAGAGGGAUGAAGGAGAAUUACCAGAUGCUGGAGAAGAGAUUGAGAGCUAUGGAGGGCGACCAAGUUUUUGGCGCUACAGCUAAGGAGAUGUGCUUGGUAUCAGGUCUUGUGAUUCCUGCGAAGUUCAAGACCCCAGAUUUCGAUAAGUAUGAGGGCCACUCGUGUCCUAAGAGUCACCUCAUUAUGUAUUAUCGAAAGAUGGCUGCGCAUCAUAUUGUGCGAGACCUGGUUGAAAAGAAGAUUCUGUCGUUUCGAGACGUCGGACCCAAUGUCAAGAACAACCCUUUGCCAGCACAUGGUGAUGUCAAUGCCGUUGAAGAUGCUUCUGAUGUGUGUGUAAUCAAGAAUGUGGAAGAUGUUAAAACUCCGCUGCUAGCGCUUCAUGCAGGAUUGGUGAGGGCUAGAUUGAUUGAUACUUGUCACGAUAGUUGUGAGGAAUGUGCCAUUCAGCCGAAAGGAUGUAAAGUGGUACGAAAUGACAUUCAGAAUUUGAUGAAUCAAGGCAUUUUGCAAAUUUGUGGUCCGACAACGAAUGAGGAGAUUUCGGUCAUUGAACCCGUUUUUAACAUACCGGAACCGUUUGAGGUGACUUAUCACAGAAGAGACGUUGUUCAUCCAUCACCCGUGGUGGUAUGCAUGCCUACACCAUUUCCUUUUGAAAGUACCAAGGCAGUACCCUGGAAGUACGACAUAACAGUGGUAGAUGGAAAACCUGAGGCCACUGAAAGUAAGAAAGGUGUGGAGAAUGUUGACGCCGACAUCACUAACAUCGCGGGAACAAGCAGGAUGACACGUAGUGGUCGGAUUUAUACUCCCAAUUUUGAUGUCAACCCUCAAGAGCCAACAAGGGGAGCUGCAGAUGUAAAUCCUACCCCAGAACAUGGAGGGGCACAGCCGGCUGUGCAAACAGAUGAAGCAAGUGAGUUCCUACGGAUAAUAAAGAAAUCUGACUACAAGAUAGUUGAUCAGUUGCAUCAAACGCCAUCAAAGAUAUCUAUCUUGUCCUUACUUCUGAAUUCUGAAGCUCAUAGGGAGGCUCUACUAAAAGUGCUUGCUCAGGCUCAUGUUACCCAGGAUAUAACGGUCAGCCAAUUUGAUGGAGUGGUCGCCAAUAUCACAGCCUUCAACACUCUAAGCUUCAGUAAUGAAGAGCUGCCCAAAGAGGGGAAGAAUCACAACCUAGUUGGGGAGGUAGAGUUACCGAUACAGAUCGGACCGCAUGUAUUCCCCAUCAAUUUUCAAGUCAUGGAUAUAAAUCCAGCUUAUAGCUGCCUUUUGGGACGCCCAUGGAUACAUGCUGCUGGGGCAGUAACUUCUACUUUGCAUCAAAAGAUGAAGUUCGUUGUCGAUAACAAGCUUGUCAUUGUCUCGGGUGAAGAGGACUUUAUCAUCAGUCAACUCUCCUCUUUCCGUUAUAUUGAGGCUGAUGAGGAUGCCUUAGAAACCUCUUUUCAAGCCCUUGAAAUAUCCAAUGCUACACUUGAAGAGGUUAAGGAUCCUGUUGAGAAAGCUAGUUUGUCAUUCGCUUCUUUGAAGAGUGCAAAAUCAGCAGUUGAAAGUGGAGGCCCUGCAGGUUGGGGGCAGGUUAUCAACGUCAACGAGAAGAAUGACCGUUUUGGUUUGGGGUACAAGCCUUCUGCUAAUGGAGGAGCCCUGGUCCCUGCAAAGGACCGUGUGCGGAGCAUUCAAGAAGUUUUCCUGAGCAAAGGAUUUAUCCAUGGAGAACAAGUUGGUGCAGUGGAAGAUGACACUGAAGAUGAGGAAGCAUCGAAUCUGAUAUACCGGUGUGAAGCCGCCUUAACAAACUGGGAAGCGGUUGAGAUUCCAGAAGAAGACAAGAAAGAGGUCAAAGUCGGGACUACGCUUGAGGCAAGCAUCAAGGAAAGAUUGAUCAAGUUGCUACAUGAAUAUGUAGAUGUAUUUGCUUGGUCAUAUCAGGAUAUGCCAGGUUUAGAUACUGACAUUGUUGUCCACAAGCUACCACUACAGCCAGAUUGUCCGCCAGUGAAGCAGAAGCUCCGAAGAGCAAGACCCGACAUGGCUCUAAAGAUUUGUGACGAGGUGAAACGUCAAUUUGAUGCCGGUUUUCUAGCAGUUGCAAAGUACCCUCAAUGGGUAGCCAACAUUGUGCCAGUACCCAAAAAGGAUGGCAAGGUCAGGAUGUGCGUUGAUUAUAGGGAUUUAAACAAAGCUAGUCCAAAGGACGAUUUCCCCCUGCCACAUAUUGACACUCUGGUAGACAACACUGCUAGGUUCGCAGUCUUCUCCUUUAUGGACGGAUUCUCGGGUUAUAAUCAAAUCAAGAUGGAUCCAGAGGACAUGGAAAAGACCACAUUCAUCACCCCUUGGGGAACAUUUUGCUACAAGGUAAUGCCAUUCGGUCUCAAAAAUGCUGGGGCAACUUACCAAAGAGCAAUGGUCACUCUUUUCCAUGAUAUGAUGCAUAAGGAAAUUGAGGUCUAUGUGGAUGAUAUGAUUGCAAAAUCUCAAAGUGAAGAGGAUCAUAUAGACCACUUGCAGAAGCUGUUUGAGCGUCUUCGGAAAUUUCGACUACGACUGAAUCCUGCUAAAUGCACCUUCGGUGUCCGAUCCGGAAAGUUGCUUGGUUUCAUUGUUAGCCAACGAGGAAUUGAGGUAGAUCCUGACAAAGUCCGAGCUAUACAAGAGAUGCCUGCUCCACGCACCGAGCGAGAGGUUAGAGGCUUCCUGGGGCGUUUGAAUUAUAUCUCAAGGUUUAUCUCACAUAUGACGGCCACAUGUGAGCCUAUCUUCAAAUUGCUUCGAAAAGAUCAAGCAGUUGAAUGGAAUGCUGACUGCCAAAUGGCUUUUGAGAGAAUCGGACAGUACCUGCAAGAGCCCCCUAUUCUAAUUCCACCUGUUCAAGGGAGACCACUCUUUAUGUACCUAACUGUGCUUGAAAAGUCAAUGGGAUGUGUGCUAGGACAACAUGACGAAACCGGUCGAAAGGAACAUGCUAUCUACUAUCUAAGUAAGAGAUUUACCGAUUGUGAAACCCGAUAUUCACUCUUGGAGAAAACCUGUUGUGCUUUAGCAUGGGCCGCUCGUCGUCUAAGACAAUACAUGAUUUGCCACACUACUUUGUUGAUCUCCAAAAUGGAUCCAAUAAAGUACAUCUUUGAAAAGCCUGCUUUGACUGGAAGACUCGCCCGUUGGCAGAUGUUACUAUCUGAGUAUGACAUCCAAUAUGUGUCUCAGAAAGCCAUCAAAGGAAGUGUGUUGUCUGAUUACUUGGCAAACCAGCCUGUUGAAGAUUACCAGUCGUUGAAGUUUGACUUCCCGGAUGAAGACAUCAUGGUAGUGAAAGACUGUGAAAUCCCAGGACUUGAUGAAGGACCUGAACCCGGAUCUCGGUGGAAGCUCAUGUUUGAUGCAAGGUUGUAUUUUGAUUGCACGAACAAUAUAGCAGAAUAUGAGGCGUGCAUCCUAGGCAUUGAAGCAGCCAUUGAUCUCCGAAUCAAAAUCCUUGAAGUAUGUGGAGAUUCAGCCUUGGUGAUAUACCAAGUCAAGGGCGAAUGGGAAACCCGUGAUACCAAGUUGAUCCCAUAUCGUGCCCAUGUCAGGGAAUUGAUAAAAUACUUUGACGAGAUCACUUUCCGUCAUAUCCCGCGAACUGAGAAUCAAAUUGCCGAUGCUUUGGCUAUGUUGGCUUCAAUGUACCAAGUCAGAUUCCAUAAUGAAGCACCUCUCAUUCAAAUCGAGCGGAAAGUUGAGCCUGCCUACUGCCAGUCAGUUGAAGAGGAAGCCGAUGGUAAACCCUGGUUUCAUGACAUCAAAUGCUUUUUGCAAAAUCAAGAAUAUCCAACAGAUGCCACAACCCUUGACAAGAAAACAUUGAGGAAGUUAGCAUCUAAAUUCUUCUUAAGCAAUGGUGUGUUGUACAAGAGAAAUCACGACAUGAUUCUGCUCAGAUGCGUGGAUGGACGUGAAGCGGACAUGUUGAUCAAGGAGAUUCAUGAAGGAUCCUUUGGGACUCACGCCAAUGGACAUGCCAUGGCCAAGAAGAUUUUGAGAGCUGUAAAUGUUUUGACGUCACCUUGGCCUUUCUCAAUGUGGGGCAUCGACAUGAUUGGCGCCAUCGAGCCUAAAGCUUCCAAUGGUCACCGCUUCAUCCUGGUUGCCAUUGAUUACUUUACCAAAUGGGUAGAAGCCGCCUCUUAUGCUAAUGUGACAAAACAAGUGGUUGCACGGUUUCUCAAGAAAGAGAUCAUUUGCCGUUAUGGAAUUCCAAGCCGGAUCAUCACAGAUAAUGGGACGAAUCUGAACAAUAAGACCAUGAAGGAAUUAUGCGAGAGCUUCAAGAUUGAGCACCAUAACUCUUCACCAUAUCGUCCAAAGAUGAAUGGCGCUGUUGAAGCCGCUAAUAAAAACAUCAAGAAGAUUUUAGUAUAUGGGAUGGAAGCAGUUCUCCCAAUUGAAGUAGAGAUACCUUCAAUGAGAAUCUUGAUGGAGACCAAGCUAGAAGAGGCUGAGUGGAUUCAAAACAGAUUUGAUCAGUUGAACCUCGUAGAUGAGAAGCGAUUGACUUCUUUGUGCCAUGGACAAUUAUACCAAAAACGGCUUAAAAGGGCUUUUGACAAGAAAGUACGUGUUCGGGAAUUCAGAGAAGGAGACCUCGUGCUUAAGAAGAUCUUGCCAAUACACAAGGACUCACGUGGGAAGUGGACUCCCAAUUAUGAAGGCCCAUAUGUUGUAAAGAAAGUUUUCUCCGGAGGAGCCUUGAUUCUCACAACUAUGGAUGAUGAAGAACUCUCACAUCCCGUGAACUCUGAUGCAGUUAAAAAA